GUUUCAGUUGAAAGAUGUAUUCAAGCGAAAACGUGCCAAGCGACGGAUGCGGAUGCCGAUGUCUUGGGGGAAACAGCAUCGAGAUCGGAGUGGCGCUGGAGCUUCCACGCGAAAGAAAAUCCAGAGGAAGUGGACGAAAGCGUCACUUCGAUCCCCUAGCUGUUCGAGGCAUCCUUAUCCUUGUAUUACUUUCACUUACUAUGCCAAAUUUUGCCCAGGAUCCUGGUGCAGAAACAGGAACGACUGUAGGGAAUGGUACUGGAACUAAUAAUACUGCUAAUGUUGUUUGGCGUGAGGGAUACCCGGGCGACGGUACAACUCACGAGCAACUUGGACAGGACCACUGGCCUUCCGCCGAGUACAGCCCAUACCGUGGUUUCGGCAGAUAUUCCCGGGAGCUAGCGUCGCCACGAAAAGCUCUGAGUCCCAUUAAUACAAUAACGCACUUCAUCUUGCGGUCGUUUUUAUCCGACCUGCCUCCGGGCUAUGUUACGUCGACGGACAACAACAAGUUGGCUCUCGGCCCCAAGGUGUGGAAGAACGAUUGGGCUGCUCUGUUAGCUCAGUACUGGUUUCUGGUUGUUGUCGUGAUAAUCCUCCUCGUCUGUAUCAUUAUCAUUCCGUUUAUUGGUGUCUGCUAUUGCUGCUUUUGCUGCUGCUUACGUUGCAAGCAACAUAAGAUAUCCGAGAGCUUCCGGAGGCGCCGUCUUUACGGAGUUUGCCUUGGCCUGCUCGUCGUUAGCCUUAUGUUUUGUCUUUUGAUAAUGUUUUUUGCGAACAAGUUCCUGGAUCGUGGACUAGCGGACAGCAAUAUGACAAUGAAACGUGCCGGUCAGGACCAUUGCACCUUUUUAAAAGAAGUGGCUGAUCACAUCUACCAUUUGAUGGUGUACAAUUACCAGGAGCUGGAGGCCCACCUCGAUGAACAACUAAGUACCGCAAGUAAUCACAUAUUCCUGGACCUGGGAGAUACUUCCGAGAGCAAUGCGCUGAUUGAAAUGGAGCGCAUCUUGGCCAACAUGCCGAGAGCACUUAUGAUAAUGUCACAAGUUGAUGACUUAGAGAAGGAUAUCCGUUUGUUUGGGUCCCAGCUUAGAGAUGGUUUGCGGGGCCAGAAACGAGAUCUCAGCUACGCUGCUUAUGCUUUGUGCCAUUUGCCAAAAUGCUAUAAGUUCAACCAUGACAUGGGUAUAACGACUUACGAUGUUUCAAAGUGCCUGCACUUCGACCUGAUUCCUAAUUCAACAGUCUUUGUCGAAGGGAUGAAGAAAAUUAUUAUGGACAAAACUUAUCUAAUCCCCUUAAGCGGGCUGGCCCGCCUCAAAAAUAUUAAAGACUUGAUCGUGAAACAUAUGGCACUCGCUUUUCCGCCAGUAUUUAAAAGCCUCGCUGGCGCAAGGUUAAUGCUUCUGGAUGAAGCUACGGGAAUCCGCGAUUUGAUCGAUUCAAUGAUCAACGAUAUUCACCUGAACACACUGAGGACCUCAAGGAUGUUCGACGACAUUCACGAUAAGUUUGGCGCGGAUCGCAGGGCUAUCAACAUCGUCAUUUGCAUAUUAAUCUUUAUAAUUAUAGUAAUCUUAAUUUCGGCACUGGUAUGCGGCUGCUUAGGUCCUAGCCGGACAAAGCCAGGACCCUCUGGAGUAUUCUCAAAGGGCAUGGCUGCCUCAUGCUUACUUCUCGCCAUCAUCCUGAUAUUUUGUGUGUUCUCGUUCAUCACGCUAGUUGGACUGUUUUACUUGAUGAUCGGUUUGAUAACUUACACGAGCGCUUGUGCUCCAUUAAAAGAUGGGCAAAACAUCUUGCGCCAUGUUGACCCCGUGAUCGAUCUCAAUCGCUACAUGUCGGGGAGAUCGGGAGACACGCAACCAACGCUGCCAGUGUCGGAUGCAAUCAGGGCAUGCAAUGCAAAUGAGUCCAUCUUUGAUCUGCUGAGAGCGAAGAAGAUUUACGAUAUAAACAACUUGUUAAAUAAGGAAAUAUUCGUCGAAGAUUUUGAAGAUCCACCAGUGUUCACUGGGGACUUAACCACGCUGAAACUGAUCCUGGAAGAAGAGAAAGUACACCUCAAUAAAAUGCGUGCAGGCAAUUUGUCCGAAUACCACAGCAUCUUAUACAGUGAGCAUCUUUGCACAAAAUUUACCCAUACGGAUUACUCCAUACUAAAGACCAAAACGAGAGCAUUUGCUUAUGAAAUAAACACAAGAUAUCUUAAAGGGUUUCCAGCCUGCCUUGCCUACUUCUUGGCUAGCUCAGAUCUAGCUAAGUACGACAAAUAUUUAGUGGUCCCAUUGACGAAUGCCGUGAACAAAGCAUUGCAAAAAGUAAAUGAAAUUGAUAGCCUUAUUCUAUACGACAACAAUAACUUUGGCAACUCCAUUGGAGUACUGAUGGACGCGGUGCAAAGAUCCGAGGACUUUAUUAGAUAUAAAGGCAACAAUUACAUCAACAAUCUGGCCCACAACCUUUCGAUUUCAGUCAACCUUCAGCUUCAAGAAUAUAUCGAAAGAGUGAUCUCGGAAGUGAACAAAAACGUUGGACAUUGUAAGCCCCUCGCGUACAUUUACAGUCAAAGCGCUUACUUAAUUUGUGAACGCCUAGUGGAUCCAAUAAACGCAUUUGCUAUGGCCACCCUUCUUUGCUGCAUGUUUCUCCUGCCUGUAUUGCCGGUAGCCCAUCGUCUGAUGUGCAUGUACCUCAAAAUCUAUCCCUCUCCGAUUGUCACUCAACUAGCAGCAGCUGCAGCAGCAGCAGAAGCUGCAGAAGCAGCAAGAUGUCCAGUAUGCACAGGGCCGCCGGUCUGGCUAGGGCCGGCGACUAGUUGGCCACAAGAUCAUCGGGGCACGUCUGGACUCCCAGCUUCAGAGGAGUUGAACACCAGUGAGGGAUCCGUAACGAACAGCAAACGUAAGAAAGAGUAGGUGAACGAAAUGAGAGAUCGGUUUAAAUGAGUUUCAUGUUGUGGUGUUUGAAUAUAAAGAAUAUUUUUUAAGAAGUGA